AUGGGGUCAGGCCCCAUCAUGGCGGCGGAAGAGGCGGAUGUGGAUAUCGAAGGGGACGUGGUGGCAGCUGCGGUACAGCCAGGAAGUGAUGAAAAUACAGCAUCUGUUUUACAAGAUCACUAUCUUGAUUCAUCAUGGAGAACUGAGAAUGGUCUUAUUCCCUGGACUCUGGAUAGCACCAUCAGUGAAGAGAACAGAGCUGUCAUUGAGAAAAUGUUGUUGGAAGAAGAGUAUUAUUUAUCUAAAAAAUCACUUCCAGAAAAAUUCUGGCUUGAUCAAAAGGAAGAUGAUAAGAAAUACAUGAAGAGUCUGCAGAAAACAGCAAAAAUCAUGGUACAAUCUCCUACAAAACCAGCCAGUUUCUCAGUAAAGUGGACGAUAGAAGAAAAAGAACUGUUUGAACAAGGGCUGGCUAAAUUUGGCCGAAGGUGGACCAAAAUCGCAAAGCUAAUUGGAAGUCGAACUAUUUUACAAGUGAAGAGCUAUGCGAGACAGUACUUUAAAAAUAAGGUAAAAUUAGAUGGUCCAGAAAAGGAAACACCGAAUCAGAAGAGCAGCAGUGAUCUUCAGAUUAAAAGUGAAGACAAAAGCACAAAGGCAUCGACACCAUCAAGUUUACGGGGACGUGCUGAUCCCAACUUGAAUGCUGUAAAAAUUGAAAAGUUAUCUGACGAUGAAGAAGUAGACAUCACAGAUGAAGCAGAUGAGUUGACUUCUCAAGCACCCCUGGAGAAUUCUAGCAGUGAUCUUUUAUUAGACAUCCCUAAUAGUAAAAGUCAUGAAACCUACCAAGGAGAAUUUAUUACUUCUGACAGCCAGGAGGAUCCCAUUUCUAAAUCUCCCAAGGAAUAUCUUCAGAAUUCAAAGCAAGGUGAGAUGGAAACACUUUCAAGCUCAGGAAUUAAAUUUUGGACUGAAAAACAGAGCACCGGUGAGAAAAAGUCAGUUGAAUUAAAUGAUCAGAAAUGUAAUAAACUGAUGAAAAACUGUGAUAAGCAUGAUGGAAAUGGAAUAGUAGAUGAUUCCAGGCUGUUGCCAUCUCCGGAGCCUUAUGAAGUUCAGAAAGAUUUGAAUGAUCAUGAAAUGCGUUUUCAUUCUUCCUGCCAAAUGGAGGAGGAGCACCAUGAGGAAGAAGAGCUUAAGCCACCAGAGCAAGAAGUAGAAAUAGAUAGAAAUAUUAUUCAAGAAGAAGAAAAACAAGCAAUUCCUGAGUUUUUUGAGGGGCGCCAAGCUAAAACACCAGAACGCUAUUUAAAAAUUAGGAAUUACAUAUUGGAUCAGUGGGAGAUAUGCAAACCGAAAUACUUAAAUAAGACCUCAGUACGUCCUGGCCUGAAGAACUGUGGGGAUGUUAAUUGUAUUGGACGGAUUCAUACAUACCUCGAAUUGAUAGGAGCAAUCAAUUUUGGAUGUGAACAGGCUGUAUAUAACAGGCCACAACCAGUUGAUAAAAUACGGAUCAGAGACAGAAAAGAUACAGCAGAAGCAUACCAACUUGCCCAGCGUCUGCAGUCCAUGCGCACAAGGAGGCGUAGGGUCCGAGACCCGUGGGGAAAUUGGUGUGAUGCAAAAGACUUAGAAGGACAAACAUUUGAGCAUCUCUCUGCUGAGGAACUGGCAAGAAGAAGAGAAGAGGAAAAAUGCAAACCUAUUAAAUCUUCAAAAGUGCAAAGACCAGCAAAAAGCUCAUUUGAUCCUUUCCAACUGAUACCUUGUAAUUAUUUCAGUGAAGAAAAGCAGGAGCCAUUUCAGGUGAAAGUGGCUUCAGAAGCACUUUUAAUAAUGGAUUUGCAUGCUCAUGUGUCUAUGGCAGAAGUGAUUGGUUUGUUAGGAGGAAGAUACUCAGAAGUUAAUAAGAUAGUUGAAGUCUGUGCAGCAGAGCCAUGUAAUAGUCUGAGUACAGGACUGCAGUGUGAGAUGGACCCUGUCUCACAAACACAAGCCUCGGAAGCCUUGGCUGUAAGAGGCUAUAGUGUUAUUGGAUGGUACCAUUCUCAUCCUGCCUUCGAUCCUAAUCCUUCCCUACGAGAUAUUGAUACUCAGGCCAAAUACCAGAGCUACUUCUCCAGAGGUGGUGCGAAGUUCAUUGGAAUGAUUGUUAGUCCCUAUAAUAGAAACAAUCCUUUACCAUAUUCCCAGAUUACCUGCCUGGUUAUAAGUGAUGAAAUUAGCCCAGAUGGUUCUUAUCGUGUACCUUACAAAUUCGAAGUACAACAGAUGUUAGAAGAACCUCAGUGGGGAUUAGUGUUUGAAAAGACAAGAUGGAUCAUAGAAAAAUACAGGCUCUCCCAUAGCAGUGUCCCUAUGGAUAAAAUCUUUCGCCGGGAUUCUGACCUGACUUGUUUGCAGAAACUCUUGGAGUGUCUGAGGAAAACUCUGAGCAAAGUGACAAAUCGCUUCAUUGCUGAAGAAUUCUUGACUCAAAUAGAAAACUUAUUUCUUUCCAGUUAUAAAAGCAAGCAGGGGAAUGGAGUAGCUGAAGAGAACUGUACUGUGGGUCCAAAGGAAUUGUUAAUGUAAUGAUUUUAAACUAAGACAUUUUAAUCUUGACCCAGUAGAUCCUACUGUCAUUUAUAACCUUGAAAUUAUUGUAAUUUACUUAACAGUGGCACAGCUUUGAUAUUUUUUCUCUCGUUUACAAAAUACAAAAUUUGCUACAUAAAUCAUGUGACUAAAAGAGAUAAGGACUUGUUUUCAUACAGUGAGUGUGUAAACUGGGGUCUGCCACAGUGCUCCCUCCUGAGAGUGGUCGCCAGCAAGCAGAGCAGCAGACUGAGGGCUGUCUGCUUUUCCGUUGUAUUCAGGUUGAUAAGCGGAAUGUGUCUAAUUUUUAUUUCCCCCCGAACUAGUCAUUCCAUUUUUGGUAUCUCAUGUCUCAUUAGGAACACUUCCACCCUUACCAUGUGUUUUGGUGUGCGAUUUGUUUAUGGUUGCAAAUGAAAUAUGGAUGGUUGGUCACGGAGGAAUUAAUGUGGUUGAAAACUACUGGUUUAGUAAAUCUAACAACAUACUAUGUGAGGCCAGGGGGAGGCAUAAGGAGAAAGUCUUAACAAUAGAGAAGAGACUCAAAGGAGAGUCAAAUCAGUUUUUUAAUUAUAGAUAUUUGCUUCCAUUUUAUUUUAUAACAACAAAACUACAGGAUAUGCCAUUUUCUCAGCUAUCUGAAACAUUUUGUAUGGAUUUCUGAUAUAUAAAAUAAUUAACUUUAACUCUGUCCACUUACAUUAGUAUGUAUGUGAUGAAACUUCAUUUAACUGCAACACAGAUCAUCAGAAACCUCAAACUAGAUUCUUUUUCUACUGCCUGCUCUCAGUAGAAAGAAGCAAAUUACAAUAAAGCUUAAGUAAGUCAGAGAUUUAAUUUUAAAAACAAAAAAGCCUUCCAGCACAUAGUACAUGUGCCGCCCAGUUUCAUAUACUUUCUGAAUCUACAACUGAAGUCAGCAAACUUUUUAUGUAAAGAGGCAGUUAGUCCAUAACUUAGGCUUUGCAAGACACAUACUGUCUAUCAGACGUGUUUUAUAUUUUUUUACAACCCUUGAAAAAUGUAAAACCAUUCUUAGCUCAUAAGCCUCACAAAAUCAUUGCUGGCCAUUACCUUCCAACCCCUGCUCUAGAGAAUUGCAGAUAAUUAGAAUUUCUUUUCAGAUGCAUGAACCUGAGACACUGAAAGAUGUUGCAUCAUUUUCAAACAAAACUCAAAAUUGUGAUUUACAUUCAGAUACAUUUUCAAAUAAAAUUUAAUCAUGCUGCCUGAUUUAUCCUAAUAGAUUGUAGUUUAUUUCUAUUGACCAUCAAAUUAAUUUAUAGCCAUUCUCCAAGCAUCUUAUUAAUAACAGGUUUAUUACAUCUAAUCUGAGUGUGAUCCUUUAUUUUUACCUUUUUGGAUAUAAUUUAUAGCCAAGGAAGAAUAAGGCAGUAUUGGGAGGAGCAGUGAACCCUUUUAGAUGGCUUGGGUCUUAACCUUGUGAUUUUGGUGGAUAAGCUUAACUUCUUUGGGCCUAAAUUCCUGUGUAUCUAAGGUCUAAGUUACCUUCCUAGCAUCCUUCCAGGUCUGAAAUCUUAUGCUUCAUUCUAAUUGUUGGACUACUCAGCUGGAACUCUAUAGUUUGAGAUGGAUGGUACAGUGCCCAAAUGAGCAAAUGUUUUUAAAGAAAACUGGUACUAUUUCCAAUUUUCUCUAUGCAUUUAGGAUAAAUAAUGAAACAUAACUUAAAAAGCAAUUUACUUUGGGGAACGGAGUGUAAGAGCUCUAGACCAAAAAUAAGGAAACCCGAGAGUUCUUACCCUAAUUCUGUUACCAGCUUUGCUGUGUGACAAUGAUAAAAUCAUACAGCCUGUCUGGACCUCAAGCUCUUCACCUGGAAUCCAAGGGUCUAAAUUUUAUGAUUUAAUAUUUCUUUCCAGGUGCAGAAAAAUGUACAAUUCUGUAAAAGGUGUAAUUCAUUUCUUUGUGCUCUUCCUUUGGACAUAUUUUCCCCAUUGUACAUUGGGAACGGAUCCUAUUGAUAAAUUUGGGUGAUGGAAAAUAGUGGAGAUUGUUAGAAGUUCUGUUCUCCAAUCUGGGUCCUCUGCACACCAGUGGGUGACUGUAUUUACUAUGCCACACUACAAGGACUCAAAGGUGUAGUCUCAGUGUUCAGAGCUUUGAGAGCACAAUUUUUUAAAUAAAAUAUUUUUUAAAAACAAGCAUUAAAAAAAUCUCAAUCCUACUAUCUAGAAAACCAUAGUUAACAUUUUAAUAUAAAUCCUUCCCUAUUUUUUUCUUUUGGAUAGUGUAAUUUUAGAACAUUAAAAGCUGUGAUAUUUCCUCCGCUCCUCCCUCAUUCAUCCUCCCUGCUUCCUUUUUUUUUCUUAGCAUAUUCUUAAAAUAUUUUUGCAGGUGCCCACAUUCCUAUCCCUGCCAGCCUUGGGCUAUGAGGAUAGUUGAAGCAGGCAGGUCCUUGGAGAAACAGGAAGUCUGGAACCAAUGGUAGUGUAGUAUAGGAAGUUCAGGAGGCAGGGUCUCCAAGGGAAGCCUCCUCGAGUAAUGUCACAGUAUUGAAGAUAGGACUUGGAGCAUCCAAGUCUCUUCAGCCUGAUUUGGUUCUUACUAUUGCACAAAUAAUAAAAUAAUGAAUUUAAUUGUUUUUCUUCUUCUAGCUUGGCUGGUAGAAAUUGACACUAGUAUUUCGUCACUGUUAGACUUAGCUCUCUUGAAAAACCCAAUCCCAACUUACACUGAAAAAAAGAAAAAUCAGUGGGAUAAGAUCAGCAAGGUCAGACUCGCCUUCCCUCUCCAUUAUUCCAGCGCGGCUCAUUGGCCCCAUAUUCAGAGCUGCAUUAUGACUUUCGUGGGCCUUUGACACUUCUGUCUUCUUGAACCUCUUUUUACAUUAAAAAUUAAUGCGUUAUAAUUGCAUUUGUAUAAAAUGAAUUUAACGUUAUAUAUAGACAUGUCCUUCAAUUUAAGUUUUUUUUCCUUCUGAAUUUAAAGGAAAUUAAAACAUUUUCAUGGGCUUCUAAAAGUAUUGUGGGCCUGAGGCAUGGUGCCUAAUAGAUAAGUUGGCCCUAAGGCUGUCCUUAGAAAAAUGUCAGUCGCUGUCCCUCCCCUGUAAAACCCACCUCACAAACCAUACAGUAGCUUGGCCACCCAGCUAAGAACACAUUGCCGUUCCCACGGCUUUAGAAUUAUAGAUUGAACUUAGUUCUUAAAACUCAGGAGUAUUGCUGGGACCAUUCAUCCUCAAAAAAAAAAAAAAGAUAGGUGGCAGCAGUCAGUUUGAGUCUUCGGGUAGAUAUUUUGCUCUGAUCCUUGGUCUGUAGUUUUGAAACUCAUAUCCUACCGCAUAUCCUACCGACUUUCCUCCCUCAUUUCCCUCAAGCCUUGUCUUCAUCCCCUCCCUCUGCUUGUGACCUGUCAGCAUAGAGGCGUGAGAUCGUCCAUUCUGUCGUUUGUUGAAAGCAGGGCCUGAAGAAUAGAGAUGAACAGACCAUUCUUAUUUCCCAGAAGCUGAUUAAUGCUGCCCCAGGCUUCUCUCUCACUUUUCUCCCCCACAGGAGUGGGGUAGGGUCUGUGACGUGCAGACUCAAGCGGGGUCAGAACCUCUGCAGCUCUGGGCAGCACAGGACUGUGGCCUCAACGUGCUGACCUGAUUGGGCAGGCCCCCUGCUCUUCAGCUUACCUGCUUGUGUAUCUUGCUGGGUCCUAACACGGUGAGCUGGAGGAACUGAUACAGUCAGGAUGCCCUGGGCGUGAUGCUUUGCCCUGCACCUAAAUAAGAGCCAUAUGACACCUGAACACACGAGGUGUGGCUCCCUAUCUUCGAGUCAUCAGCAGAUUCCAGUUGGUGGAUUUCUCAGUGGAAAUUAAGUCAGGAUACCAAAUUUUGUGCGUGGGGGGGGGAGGGGUGUACACUUUACUGAUAGCUAGAGACUAAAUCUAGAGUCACAUUAUGGCCGUUAGGAAAAACCUAACCUCACUGAAGCACAAAGAAAAAGCACAUUUUUAUCACCAUCUGCUCCAUCAGGGUCGUUCAAACUGAACAAAUCUGAUCUGCAUUUCUGGUUUACCAGUAGUUCAAUAAUUUUCCUAUAAAUUAAUGCCAGACUUUGCGAUAUUUCCAGAAAAUCGCUAUGGAGAAGAAUGUAACAUACUUAAUCCCUGACCUUCCCUUAAGUGGUUUUGUGUGUGCUGUUUCCCCAGACUCUGAGUUUUUUUAUUUGUUUAACCUGUAAUUUGUGCUUUCUGGUAUUUUCCGAAUCUUUUAAGUUAUCUUAAGUCCUUUCUGGAACAAGACAGAAUAAAUAUGGUCUCCCCCUAUUUAACUUAUGACAUCUUAUUUUUAUUUUCUCUUGAAUGUACUUAUGAAUAUAUUCAUAAGGACUUUAAUUUUAGGGGAAAAUGCCUGACUUGCUAUCUUUGAGGAUUCCUAAAGUAGUCUCUUAGGAAUUAAGAAGGAUAUUCAAUAUGAUUUCAUAGUUUGUAUUCCUGUUCCAUAGGGUACAAAAGAACACUUGUUUCAGCCUAUGAAUUGUAAAAUAGUAUUUAGUUAGAGUCUAGCAUGAUUUAAGUAGAUUAGUCAUAUAUCUUUAAAUUUGUGAAUUUGACAUGUAAAUCGUGUAUUAUGUAUAAGCUUACAUAAACCUGUUGCUGUUUUCCCCAAAUAUUAUCAUUGUUUAUGGAUUUCUUUUAGUAGCUUGAAUUUUGGAAUGUUCUGUAACAAAAUACAAUUUAAGCUAUUUUAUACAUUUAAAUAUGAUGCCAUGUUGUCUAUAUAUAUUAAAGGAUAUUGUAAAUAUUAAUGUUUAUACAAUUACGAAAGCUUUUUCUCAAAAUGAUUGAACUCCUCCCAGUGCUUAACUGUGACAUAAAAUAUCUGGUUUUAAACAGUGGGAUUUUAUCUUGCGGUAAAAAUGAAAGGGAAAUGUUCUGAAGAUUCUAUAUAAAUAAAGUUUUGAAAAUAAA